AUGGAUCUCGUCAAUAAUAAUUACGGCUCAAGUGAUGAAGACGACCAAGUCACUUCCAACGUCCAAAAUACCUCCAAUGGCCAAUCCAAAAGCACAGUAAAGAUUAAUGCCACGCCUGAUACGGGCUAUGAUGAUCACUCUGAUCGAAUCUACGCAUCACAAACGGCAACCGAAUUAACUGUCAAUGUACCUUACGAUGAUCUUAUGCGACCCAUGUACGGCCCCGAAAACCCAGUGACGGAUCAACGCCUUUCACAACAAAACAUCUUGACGGGUCACGUCGAACAACAAGCCAUUUCCGAAUCUGAUUUUCGACAGCAGUUGCGAACAUUCGAAACGUACGGCUAUGCACGCGAUCCUUCACUUGGCAGCUCGAAUCUGUCGGGACAGACAGGCCAAGGUCUGUUGGGCACGGGUUAUGUUGGUAACCUGGCAGCCGCUGCACAUAUGGGUGGGGCAUCGAUUUACGACAGCGUACCCAAACACUUGAGACCCAACAAGGAUCUGAGAAAACGUCGUGAUAAAAAGGGUGAUUUGAGUAUAGUGGAAGGCGAAAAUGCUUACAAAGGUCCGUGGGCUGGUUAUGAAGGUGAACAAGAAGCAAAACAGUUCAAGAAACAGCUUACAGAAGAAGAGCAGCAAGCAGCAGCAGCAGAAGGGGAGGAAGGAAAGGCUGUGGCGAUUGCUGGACAAGAAAGCAAACCGGGCAAAAAGGAACGAAACAGAGGAAUGGAACAUGGGACGGAAAAGACCACUUUCCAUGGUGCAUCCGAAUUCGAUUACUUGGGACGAACGUACAUGGCCGUACCUCAGGACGUGGAUGUCAACCUGCUGGGAGAAGCUGGAUCACAGGAAUGCUUUGUACCAAAGCGUUGUAUUCAUACAUGGGAUGGCCACGCCAAGGGUGUCUCGGCUAUCCGAUUUUUGCCAUCGUCCGCCCACUUGCUUCUAAGUGCUGGUAUGGACAACAAAGUUAAGAUCUGGGACGUAUAUCACGAUCGGAGCUUGCUUCGAACAUAUGUUGGACAUACAAAGGCUAUUCGAGAUAUUGCCUUUAGCAACGACGGUCGACGAUUCUUGAGUGCAAGUUAUGACCGUAAUAUCAAGUUAUGGGACACAGAAACAGGUCAAUGCAUUCGAUCCUUCUCAACAGGAAAGGUCCCUUACUGCGUCACGUUCAAUCCAGACGAAGACAAACAAAACAUUUUCUUGGCAGGCUGCUCAGACAAGAAGAUUGUGCAAUUUGAUGCGGAUAGUGGAGAAAUCACACAAGAAUAUGAUCAACACUUGGGUGCCGUCAAUACCAUCACAUUUGUCGACGAUAAUCGACGAUUCAUUACCACGUCAGAUGACAAGACAAUGCGUGCUUGGGAGUACGAUAUUCCUGUUGUCAUCAAAUAUAUUGCUGAACCAGAUAUGCAUUCUAUGCCAGCUGUCACACUUCAUCCUAACAAUAAAUGGAUGGCAUGUCAAUCGUUGGAUAAUCAAAUUGUGGUCUAUGGUGCUCGCGAUCGAUUCCGAAUGAACCGCAAGAAACGCUUUGCCGGCCACUUGGUUGCAGGUUAUGCUUGCAAGCCAGGUUUCUCAUCUGACGGUCGAUUUAUCAGCAGUGGUGACUCAAACGGCAACGUAUGGACAUGGGAUUGGAAGACUUGCCGGAUAUUGAAAAAGUUCAAGGCACACGACAAGGUUGUCAUGAACACCAUAUGGCAUCCGCACGAAACUUCAAAGAUGGCAACUUGUUCUUGGGAUGGUUUGAUCAAGUAUUGGGACUAG